AUGGAAAAAGUACCCGAAAAGCACGAUGUUCCAAAAGACACAACCAUAAAAGCACCGAGACCGUCGUCACCGAGAAAAUUUUUCGCGCGUAUUUAUGGUCAUCUAGAGGAUAAUUCCACAGAUAUUGAUCGAAAUCGACCACAGAGAACCGAAUCACAUGAAAGUGAAUCCUCCUCGGAUUUGGAAAUAGGGGAAGUGGAUACUCAAAGGCCGCAGUGGCCCCAAGCUCCCUUACCUUUGUGUCCUCGUCCUAUACUGAUGCCCCAUCAUCAGCUUGCCUUCGGUGCUGGUCUGGCUGCGUUCUUAGCCCGAAGAAGACGCAAAGAGAGCCGGCCGCGACGCCAACGAACCACAUUCUCUGCCCAUCAGACACUUCGUUUGGAGCUUGAAUACGCAAGAGGAGAGUAUGUUGCACGUGCUAGAAGAUGUGAAUUAGCGUCCGCCUUAUCACUUAGCGAAACACAAGUUAAAAUCUGGUUUCAAAACAGAAGAGCAAAAGACAAAAGAAUUGAGAAAGCGCAUUUGGACCAACAAUACAGGUAA